GUUUCGUUUCUCCGUGAAGAGAGAGUGAGAGUUAAAGAGCAGAAUCGGGUGUGACCCCAGAGGGGUGGGAUCAGCGUUCUCGAGAGGCGGAAAUUCAGAGGAAUCGAUCGGCCGGAGUGAGUGGCUGGGUGGGUGGGCUGUGGGUUCGUCGCAGGGAAGGGGCGAGAGACUCCCGGGCCAGGAUGGACGCGGGCUUUGCACAGGAAAUCUUCCGGAGGGUGUGCGCCGCGGGCGGCUCUCUGAAAGUCAGUGAGAUCAAGGGGCGCCUGGAUUCGGGGCGCCUGGACUCGAUCCUGCAGGACAAGACGAAAUUCACCCUGGUGACCCGGGAGGACCCCCCCUCGGCGGCCGGCAGCGAAGAGCACCGUGUUGUCGUGGCCACCACCGCGGCGCGGCUCUGCCGGGAUCACGGCAAAGGGAAGUGCGCCGGGGACUGCCGGCAGCUCCACCUCUGCCGGUACUUCGUCUACGGGAGUUGCCGCCAACAGGCCGCGAGGAAACCAUGCAAGUUUAUCCAUGACAUUAAAACAGGCCACAACUUCUCUGUCCUAAAAGAACAUGGUCUAGAUGUCUUAAACUCUGAUGAAUUAUGUCAACUGCUGCUUCAGAACGAUCCUUCACUCUUGCCUGAGAUCUGUCCAUAUUACAACAAAGGGGAUGGGCCUUACGGAUCGUGCACCUUUAAGAAGAUCUGUGUUAAACUUCAUAUAUGCCAGUACUACCUCCAAGGAGAAUGUAGAUUUGGGAGUAACUGCAGACACUCUCAUGAUAUCUUUAAUCCUGAUUGUUAUGAAAAACUGGAGAAGUGGGGGAUGAGCCAAGCUUUGAUUAGUAAAAUUCCAUUGUUCUACAGGAAUGUGUGGGACAUAAAAAACAACAUAUCUUCAAAAUACAGAGGGCGAUUGGGAGAAUUGGAGGACGUAAGAGAAAAUCAAGUAGUGUCCACCACAGACAUUGAUGGAUUAGAUACGAUUUGCUUAUACCACAUUAGGAAAAGUUGUAGCUUUCAAGAUAAAUGUACCCGAGUUCACUACGAUUUGCCAUAUAGAUGGCAAGUUUUAAAUGGUACUUUGUGGAAAGACAUGGACAAUAUGAAGAAAAUUGAACAAGCCUUCUGCGACCCAGGCAAUGAAAGUAUAUUGCAAUUGGGAGGACCGGAACAGACAUCAUUCAUCCAAUAUAUCAAUUUCUCCAGUAUGACAUGGGGCUCUGCUAAAAUUAGACGGCUUUCCACACCAUCUUCUGUGACCAAGCCUCCGCACUAUAUUCUUACAACAGAUUGGAUCUGGUACUGGAAGGAUGAACACAAUCUAUGGAAAGAAUAUGGGAAGCAAGAUGGUGAUCAUUUUGCUGCUACUGUGACCAGCUUUGACUUGGAGAAAGCCUACCAGUCUGAAGCAUUUACGACCCUCAAGUUCUCAGCUGGGAAACAGAAUUAUGAAAUUGAUUUUAAAGCCAUGAAACAGAAAAACCUGAAAUAUCACACGGAAAGAAGUGUUUGUAGACGGCCUAGGUUUGUAUCUAAGGAAGACGUGGAGAAAAGGAAAAGCAGCAAAACAGAGCAAUCAAAGGGAAGCGGUACAAACAUUCCACCUCACUGGGACAAGACAGCUUUACCAGAACUGGGAUAUAAGCUGAUCAGCCUCCUUCCAUCCUCCAGCGAGUACGUAAAAGUCCAGACUAACUUUCAGCGUACACUGCCCAGGGUCACAAUAUCGGCCAUCAAAAGAAUCCAGAAUAUGUCUCUUUGGGAAGUUUAUCAGUGGCAGAAGGAACAAAUGAAGAAAGCAAAUGGAGGAAAGGAUGUAGAUGAAAGGCACCUGUUUCAUGGAACAAGUAAAAACCAUGUAGAUGCCAUCUGCCAGCAGAAUUUUGAUUGGAGGAUCUGUGGUGUUCAUGGUACAGCUUAUGGCAAAGGAAGUUACUUUGCAAGGGAUGCUGCAUACUCUGAUAACUACAGUGCAGUCAGUUCUUCUAGCAAGACCAUGUUUCUCGCCAAAGUAUUGGUGGGAGAUUUUACAAUGGGCAAUUCUUCCUAUCUCCGCCCCCCUGCCAAAAAUAACGACAGCAGUCUUUUCUAUAACAGCUGUGUGAACACUCUCCUGAAUCCAUCCAUUUUUGUCAUUUUUGAGAAGCACCAGAUUUAUCCAGAGUACCUGAUUGAGUACAAAGAUUAAAUUUGUGAGUAGAUCGUGUAUUCCUGUUUAACACGCUGCUAAAUGAGCUACUUUCUGGAUGACCAUUGAAGACCUUAGCCUGUCAUGUUAGCAAUAUCAGCAUUUCGUUGAGUGAUUUUAAAACAAGUUUUUAAUAGAUUAAAAAGAUAUCCUUUCUCUUCCAUUCUCUCUCAAAUUGUGC